AUGUUGUUAAUAUUUAGCAACAAGACGAUACGAAAACAAGCUGAAUUAGCCUAUUUUUGGAAUACAUUAGACUUAAAUGAUAAUCUUCUGGAAGAUCCACGUCCAAAAUUCAAAGGACAAUAUAGAUUAUCACCUAUUACAAAUAAAGAUGAAACGUAUUAUCCACAUUGGAAACGUCUUAUAUUCCGUUGUUUUGUCACGAUUCCAGUAUUAACAUCAAAUAUAUUAUUAGUUGCUCUAUGUAUGUUGUUAAUAUUUCGUUUUCAAAGUUGGAUUGAUCACAAUGUCAAAGCUGGUAAUCUUCCACAUUUGAUGUCAUUAACUCAAUUUUCUCCAAAAAUUCUUUUGGCAAUUAUGACAACUAUAUUUAGCGAUUUAUAUAAAAAAAUUAGUCGUUGGUUGAAUGAUAAAGAAAAUUAUCGUGAACAAAGUGAAUAUGAUAAACAAAUGAUAACAAAACUUUUUGCCCAACUCUUAGCAAUAUUUGUGAUCAAACAAUUUUGGCGUAAUAUAAAAGAAGCAUUGGUACCAUAUUUUGUUGCAAAUACAAAACUAUCAGUACUGAUUAAAUUGAGCAAAAAAGAACGUGAUCGAUAUGAGGAUAAAAAGGAAUUAAAUAAAAAAUUGAAACAAAUAUUAGAUGAAUGGGAAUGUUCACAAGAUAAAACGGAAACAAAAUUAUUAAAUACACAAAAUAGUGAAACAUAUGAUUAUUCAACACAAGCAGUUGAUAAAACUUUAACAGAUCACUCUUUCGAAGAAUUACAUCGUAAACCAUCGUUAGCAACAUUUGAAACUUUAACACUUUCACAAGCUGAAAUUGAAUGUUCACAACCAAAAUUUCCCGAUUUAUAUGAAGAUUAUUUAGAAAUGAUAAUGCAAUUUGGUUACAUUAUCUUCUUUUCAUCAAAAUUUCCAUUAGCGGCAUUUUUUUCACUAUUAAACAACAUAGUGGAGAUACGUACCGAUGCAUUUAAAAUAUGUAUGAUUUAUCAGCGUCCAUUCACUCAACGUGUAAAAGAUAUUGGACAUUGGCAAAAUGUUUUAGAAUUGAUGAUUAUUGCAGCAGUGAUUGUUAACUGUACACUUUGUUGUGUAAAAGGCAUAUUUCGAAGAAUUUUACCAAUGCCAUUUGCUGCUGAGAUAUUUAUACUUGUACUCAUUGAGCACGUUCUUAUUUUAAUAUGUCAACUCAUUCGAUCAAGUGUGGAAAAAACACCCUACUGGGUGAGAGUAGAAAAAGCAAAAUUAGAAUAUAGACGGCGUGAUGCAUUGAAAAAACUUGAAUGUGAUAAUCUUCGUUUUAAAGAUGAAGAACAACAAGAAUGUCGAACAACAUCGAAUGUGAUAAACAAUUGA